AUGGCAGCGGCCAGGCUCCUGCCACCACCAGCAGGACCCCAGCCCCUGUCAUUCCAGGCCAAGGUGACCUUUGAGGAUGUGGCCGUGCUCCUCUCCCAGGAGGAAUGGGACCGCCUGGGCCCUGCUCAGCGGGGCCUCUACCGACACGUGAUGAUGGAGACCUAUGGGAACGUGGUAUCACUGGGACUUCCAGGAUCAAAGCCCAAUGUGAUCUCUCAGCUGGAGCGAGGAGAAGAGCCAUGGGUCCUGGAUGGGCAAGGGGCUGAGGAGUCUAGGGGCCUGGGGAGUGGCCAUUCAGACAACUACAGACAUGACCACAUGACAGCUCGUAUGCGACAAGACAGUUCACCCUGUCCGUGGGAAUAUGAAAACAAGGGAGAGAACCAAAAUAGGGAUUUGAGUCUGAAGCCAUUUAUUUCAGAGGAAGUAUCAGUGAUUCUGGGGGAAACAUCCACAGGAUGGAUUGAUCAAAGACGUUAUGAACGUGAUCAGAGCUUCUGUGUGAGUCCAAGUCCCGUCGGCCGGCCUGAAGCUCAGGUCUUGAGCCAGAGUGUGCCUCUCCCUCAGCAUCAGGCUGUUCCCAGUGGGGAGAGACCCUACAGGUGCACCGAGUGUGGGAAAUGCUUUGGCCGGAGCUCUCAUCUGCUGCAGCAUCAGAGAACCCACACUGGAGAGAAGCCCUACGUGUGCGGCGUUUGUGGGAAGGCCUUCAGCCAGAGCUCCGUCCUCAGCAAACACAGGAGAAUCCACACGGGCGAGAAGCCCUACGAGUGUAACGAAUGCGGAAAGGCCUUUCGGGUGAGCUCGGAUCUCGCUCAGCAUCAUAAGAUCCACACGGGGGAGAAGCCCCACGAGUGUCUGGAGUGCCGGAAGGCGUUCACGCAGCUCUCGCACCUCAUCCAGCACCAACGGAUCCACACCGGCGAGCGGCCGUACGUGUGCCCGCUGUGCGGGAAGGCCUUCAACCACAGCACGGUUCUGCGCAGCCACCAGCGCGUGCACACCGGGGAGAAGCCGCACGAGUGCGCGCAGUGCGGCCGCGCCUUCAGCGUCAAGAGGACUCUCCUGCAGCACCAGCGCGUGCACACGGGAGAGAAGCCCUACACGUGCAGCGAGUGCGGCCGCGCCUUCAGCGACCGCUCGGUGCUCAUCCAGCACCACAACGUGCACACCGGCGAGAAGCCGUACGAGUGCGGCGAGUGUGGCAAGGCCUUCAGCCACCGCUCGACGCUCAUGAACCACGAGCGCAUCCACACGGAGGAGAAGCCGUACGGCUGCUACGCGUGCGGAAAGGCCUUCGUGCAGCACUCGCACCUGACGCAGCACCAGCGCGUGCACACUGGGGAGAAGCCCUACGUGUGCGGCGAGUGCGGGCACGCCUUCAGCGCCCGCCGGUCUCUGGUGCAGCACGAGAGGAUCCACACCGGCGAGAGGCCGUUCCGCUGUGCGCAGUGCGGCAAGGCCUUCAGCCUGAAGGCGACUCUGAUCGUGCACCUGCGGACCCACACCGGCGAGCGGCCCUACGAGUGCAGCCGCUGCGGCAAGGCCUUCAGCCAGUACUCGGUGCUCAUCCAGCACCAGAGGAUCCACACGGGCGAGCGGCCCUACGAGUGUGGCGAGUGCGGCCGCGCCUUCAACCAGCACGGGCACCUGAUCCAGCACCAGAAGGUGCACAGGAAGCUGUGA